GGCCAGCCUGGUCUACAGGAUGAAUUCCAGGACAGCCAAGAAUACACAGAGAAACCCUCUCUUGAAAACAAAAGCAAAAAGAAAUGACAGUACAUUUCCCCAAAAGUGUAUUUUCCUCUGAAGUUAAAAAGUUCACAGAAGGGGCCAACAAAAAGAGCCAUCUUCCUGAAUGCCUGUCUCAAUUCACUUGACUUGUGACUGAGUUAGUCUUUCUGCCUAGGAAUCACUGAAAUUGAGCUUUAAAGUAUCAAUUGUAUUGUCAUAUUUGAUUGCAAUGCCAUAUUUAUUAUUUGCCUUAUACCAGGAGUAUUCUAGGCUCUUGCCUCCAAUCUACACAUGGUUCCAGGUGAAAACUUAAUUAAAAAUUGUGAAACAUUAUGUUGUGGGAAAUUUCAGAAAAGUAUAUACAAAUAGAGAUAAUUGUAUAAGAACCCCUCAUCCAAUCUCAAUAAAAAAAAAAAAUUAUGGUCUGUCCUCACCUACUUUUCAACCACAACGGAUUGUGGAAGUAGUUCCUAGAUAUGUUUUCAAAAAACGCCUGUCCAGGUGGUAGCGAGUGGACUCAUGGGAAUGACAAUUCCAAAUACUUCCCAAGUCCUCAGAGCCUCGACCCCGUAGGGGCCUAUCUGGAUGUAAUCCUUCCUUCCAGAGGCCGAUGCAGGAGGAGCACAAGGUCCAGGCCAGACCUGGUGCGUAGGCUUAAGAUGAAAUGUAAAAGGUUUCAGAUAUUGUUACAUUACAUAUUUUCACAGUAUUUAAUAUUUGUCAGGUGCGCACAAUUUGCUAUCAUGACACAUUAAACACUACAUUUGUGUUUAUAUUUUUUUAUUUUUCAUAUUAAACUACUAGCAUUAUAAGCUUCAUCUAGGGACUGUGGCAUCCCUGCACACGCACAAGCUGAGGAGAAACACCCGCGAGAGGCAAGGGAGAGGUGUAAAAACUGCUCUAGUUUUCUGUCAGCGGGCCAUUCCAGAGACGUUGGUGUCGCAGAUCACGUGACCCUGCUUCAUGCUUCGACAGGGCCCGAGACACCACCCACGGGAACUGACGGAGGCAGGGUGCAGGAUGCCCAGGGUAGAAACCAGCCUGAGAGCAGCCCGACCCUGAGGCAGCCUGGGAGGCCUGUGGGUCUGAGGUGACCAGACCAGCGCAGGAGAAUCCAUCCGAGGGGAGGGGAGGCCUGUGGCCCUGAGGCAACCAGACAAGCACAGGAGCUUCCAUCUGUGGGAGGGUAACCUGCCACUAAGAGUUUCCAUCUGAGAAGGCCACCCUUACCGAUUCAAGAUGCCUUCAGCCCAGGAGCAUCCAUCUGAGAGGAAGCCUGCAGCCUGAGGUGGCCACCCCUCCCAGUUGAGGGCCCAAGGCUACGCAUCCUGUGUUGCCUCCUGCUUUGGUCCCCAGAACAGCGUGGGAAGGACAGCGAGGCACACCCGGGUCUCUAGGACACAAGAAAGAGGGGCUGAGUCCCUAAGGCCCUGCUUUUUCCACAUCGAUACAAAAAGUUCCUCAGUUUUUCUUGCUCAGAGAUUCUAUUAUUUAUGGCUGCCACAAAAACUUGGAGCUGUGAUGACUAUUUCAGUGUGGACAAACUAAUGGAAUGGCCAGAGCCGGAGUCUGUUUCUUUAAUGGAGGUAUUAGCUCGAGAAGACAUCGAUGAAGCUGUGCAUGCAAUAUUGUUCCGAGAAAACUACAUUGUGAAGAGAAUGGAUACAUAUAUUCAGCAUCAGGCUGUUUUGAAGGAAAGAAGAAAAGAGAUGUUACAUAAGAAAUGGGUUGAAAAUGUAGUACGGCCUCUUCAGCAGAGAAUUAUAGAAAAAGUGAUUUCAUAUAGAAAACCUGGACAAAGUCAAGUGAAAUAUGAAUACUGCCUAAAGCACACGAGUAAACCGACGAAAGCCGAUCCAAAGUGUGAGUGUCUGUUCCGUAGACAGCAAGAGCUCCGAGAAGCUAAAGGAACCCGCUACCUGCACGGCACAGAGAAACAGAGCGACAAGCAAAAAGAACCUAAAGGAACCAGAAAGGCUCCCCUCUUCAGCAGAUCACCCAAGUUCAUGCUCACUUCCCAUGGCAUCGUUCCCAAAGAGAGGCAGAGAGCCUCUGCCCAGCCUGUGUGGAAUAAGCCAGCUGGCACAUGCAGUACUGAAAAGCUUUGUACAUCCCAGUCACAUUUGCCUCAGGAGGAGAAGACCUGCAACCUAAACCAGAUUGUCUUUGAAAGGCAGUUCCGUUCCUCUAAGCUCAGCCCGAAGAAGAAAGAGGCUGAGAAGAAGGGUCCGGUUUCAGGGACCCGACCACAGAGACCACACUCCUGGGCAGCAGCAGACAGCCACCGUUGGCAGGGGCCACCCGCUGUGGGAAGAAGGGUGAUGACCGCAGAGCUCCUGGGGAAGCACCUGGACUCCCUGCAGGGGGCAGCCAGGUCAGGCCUCCAGUGGGCAUAGAGCUUCCUGCCUUCACAUUACAUACACAUUUAAGACACUGGGAACGUAGCUUAUCUCUAGGUAGGAAGCGGUUGCAAGGACCUGAGGAACAGCAGUUAGUUUUCUAAGCCCUGGCUAUGAACUAGGAAGUGUGUGUGGCGUUUUCAUUUCACUGAAAACACUUGACAGCAAGACAGCUUGAUCAUCUCCCAGUACUGGGUGCUCAAUGGGGCGUUGCGCCUGGCGUGGGGCCAGUCCCCAGUCAGAGAUACCAGGGCUUUAUUCAAGUUCAGUCCUGCUCGCACUCCAGGGUGCGACUUCGUCACAGACACUCAGGCCUGGCAGUGGGGUUAAAUUGCUCAGAGGGAGGAUGCUCUAUCAUUGUGUGAGGCCCCUGGGGGGGGGGGUGGGGGAAACACUGAAGGGGUUUAAUGGAACCUCCUCGCCAAGGGGAGAUGUCUAGUUAUGUGAGGGCUACCCGUUUCUUGGUGGAUGGGGUAUCUCCUCGCAUCCUCUAGAAACUUGGGCUCACAUUUCAGUGGGGAAGACAAUUUGACUUCCUCAGGGGCAGUUCUGGGUUAAUAGGCAAAAAAAAAAAAAAAAAAAAAAAAAAAAUGGAGUUGCUGGCUGUACCCUUUCUAGCCAUCAAAGUCACAUGACUCAGAUCCUGAGGGCUCCUGUGACCCAAAUCUGAUGAAGGUGUCCUGACAGUUGAGAGACAGGGACACUUACUCUAGUGAGGAUUAAAGUCCCCACGGGCCUGGGGAAGAGUAUGGUUGCUGUGUAGCUAUGGGUCACAAGUAACCUCAGAGCUUUAAAGCUGCCGGAUUGUCAGGGAGUGUAAUGCUCCACACGUGGGCUGUCAGCAGCAACUUUCCUGACUUCAACUCUACCUUGCAUCAAUACCAACCAGACAAGCUCCCCAAACCCAGGAGAGUGGGCAGCGGGCUUGUCCAGCAGCCUGUGCCUGGUCCUUCGGAGCUUCCUAGAAUAAGCGGGAUACUGGUUGCUUCAGUUUUAUGUAUCAAGUAGCAGCUUCUUCCUGUUUUAACCAGUGGGUAUGUGAGGUCAGCAUCUGGAGUCAGCGAAGGGAAAAGUCUUUAAAAUAUCAGUCCACUGAACUGUGUGUUCCAAAUGACUUAGCCAAUUUAAACAAGAAUGGGGAGAAUGGAAGAGCCCUGAGCUCCUGGCUACUCUAGCUGCUGGAGAAAGAUCUGUCACCUUUACUCUGUGAUCUUCACGGGAGGAUUCUGUGUUCAAAAUCUUAGUUACUAUUUGAAAAAUUUCAUAUUUUAGUAUUCAAAGCCAAAUAAGCAGUAUGGCUAUGGCUGUGGCAAGACAGAGGACAGGAAGUGCUGGGGCUGCUGGAGCUGCAGGGCCGCAGAGCUGCAGGCAGUCCUGACCUCUGUCAGGACUUCACCCUUCCCUGUAGGUUGCCCCUGUCAGUGCCAGCGUAGCUCCCACACAGUUCACCUGCCCACAGCAGUGACCUGUGAAGCCAAACCUCAGGAACCUGAGAGAUGCACAGAAGGCUCUGGGCAAGCCAGCGGUGGAGUUAAGUAGAUCUCCUGGCCCACCCAUCCUCAGGAUUCUUUAUAAGCAGUUUCAGAAGGGAACUGUUAAAAGCAUUUCACACAUAGUCAAGCUUUGAGAGGAAUUACAUUCAUAAACGUAUACUUUUAUUCUCUUUCUGUACAUGUUGGCAAUGAUAAAGCUUAAAGAUGCAUUUCUAUGAAAUAUGCAAAACAAGGAAUUUACAUAAAUAAUUUAUACCUCAGAAAAUUAAAGUUGAAAAAUAUUCCCACAUUAUUUUAGAGUUCACAGUAUAUUUAAAGUACAUCAAGCUUCCCUCCUUAUAUUUCAAACCGUAUUGUCUGAGCAGAGAAGGAUAAAAUCUAACCAGAAUAAAAGGAUCAAGUUUCUGUUUA